AUGACCCAACAACGUGACAGAUAUAUACAAAUAAAGCUGCGGGAACGGUCUGUGCGAUUGUUGUACGAAAUAUGUCGAUCUCAGCGACUGGCUAUGGCGGAUAUGAAAUCCGUCGAUGCAACGUUUGUCAAUCAUUUGUUUGACUUGGUGGAAAAUUCGCGAAAUUGGCAUGACGAUACAUACAAUUAUCAAGUUAUCAAGCUCAUCGUGGCCUUGAAUGAGCAAUUUAUGGUCUCUGGUAUCUCGACGAUAACGAACAAACAGUCCGCUCGUAAAUCAACCGCAAGUGCUUCGAAUACAGUUCUGACAGUACUUCGAACAAGGUUGAACGCAUCAAAGACGUUUGGUGAGAAUGUCAUUUUUAUGCUCAAUCGUGCUUCCAGCUUGGAUGCUGAAGAUAUUUGCAUGCAAUUAUUGAUCUUGAAAUUGCUCUACCUCUUAUUCACAACGAAAGAGACAUCGCAUUAUUUCUACACAAAUGAUCUGAAGGUGCUUGUGGAUAUUUUCAUGCGAGAGCUUUCUGAUCUGCCUGAAGAUCAUGAAUCGCUACGACAUACCUAUCUGCGUGUUCUGCAUCCUCUUUUGACCAAUACGCAACUAUUGACGUAUCCAUACAAGCGACCACAAAUUCAUCGACUGCUGAUUGGACUCACUUCGCAUGGACAUUUGCGUGAUAUCAGUGCUACUACUCAGCGACUGAUAGAUCGUUGUCUC